AUGGCGUCAUCCGUUCCCCCCACCGCCGAAAUUGAGACGGCUGCCACUACGGACGAGCAUCAGAGCGAUGGCUCCAAGCUCAAGACUUUUCUUGGUAUUCUGAGAAAAUUUAUCGGUGUUGCCGAUCUCGCUUCAGUGAGAUUCUCACUGCCAUCCCAGCUUCUCGAACCCACCCCCAACCUCGAAUACUGGAACUACAUAGAUGCUCCCAAUGCCUUUGUCGCCAUUGGGACCUCGGACGAUGAACUCGACCGCACACUAGAGGUCCUCCGAUUCUGGCUGACCAAAGACCUCAAGUAUAUCAAGGGCAAGCCCUGCAAGCCUUACAACUCUGUCCUAGGAGAAUUCUUUCGCUGCAACUGGGAGACAGAAGACAAUGCCCCUCUCGUCAAGACCGCCAAUGUCGCCUCCAAGGCCAGCAGUACCAAGAGCGGCUUCUCAGGUCUCCGAUCGGGGAACAAAUCCGACAAGAACGACUCGUCACUCUCCCUAUCGGUCCCCCAGCACGGCACCCCCUCCUCCGAAGCCAAGACUGUCCGCAUCUCCUACCUGACCGAGCAGACCUCUCACCACCCCCCCGUCAGCGCCUUCUACGUCAGCUGCCCCGAAAAGGGCAUCAGCGCCAGGGGUUUCGACCAGAUCACGGCCAAGUUCACCGGAACCUCGGUCAAAGUCAUGCCUGGAGAGCACAACAUGGGCAUCUUCAUCACGCUCGACAACCGCGGCGGCGAGGAGUACCAGCUCACCCACCCGGCUGCCUACCUGGGCGGCCUGCUCAGGGGCUCCCUCAGCGUCUCGGCCAGCGAGAUGGCCUACGUCACCUGUCCCGCCACCAAGAUCAAGGUCAUCCUUCACUACUACGACGAGGGCUGGCUGGGCCGCUACACAAACAAGGUCGACGGUGUCAUCUUCAGGUAUAACCCGGACAAUGAUGAUAAGACGCGCAUUCAGGACGUUCCCGACGAUGCUGUCCUCGCCAGGAUCAGCGGCGCUUGGAGGGAGAAGGUUAUGUUUUCUCUUGGUACCAGGCCAUUUAAAUCCGUCCCUGCAGAGGAACAGCACGUCCUCAUCGACAUUGGCCCCCUCUCCGUGGCCCCCAAGCUGGUGCCCCCCAAGGAGAAGCAGGCCCCUAACGAGUCUCUCACCUUCUGGGGCGGCGUCACCGACGCCAUCAAGUCCAAGCAGUUCUCCAAGGCCACCAGCAUCAAGAUCGAGCUAGAGGAAGCCCAGAGGGAGCUGGCACGCAAGCGCGAAGCCGAGAAGACUCCCUUCAAGCCCGUCUUCUUUGAGCAUAUUACCGGUAAUGGUGGCAGACCUGACCUGACUGAGAAGGGUAAGAAGGUUCUAGAGCGUGCUCAACAGGGUGACUGGAACUUGGAGGGCAUUGUGUAG